AUGUCCUCAGGCAACAAGGGAGCCACCGGCGGCACUGGUGAGUAGCGGUAGCCUGUGGAUGCGGCAUCAUUGGUCAAUGCGUGCUGCGAGUGCGAAGCGCAGAAAGUGCGAAUCGCGAUGGGAGGGCAUGAGGUGUCAUACAGUGGGAGAGCUUGAAUCAUCAAUGGCAGCUAAUGUUCGAGGGUCAAGUUUGUAGUACGCUGCUCCGCGCUAGACGUCGCUGUCGUCUGUCAAGCGAAGGAGGGAGACCAGCCCGGCGACGGGUUUGGCUGGGCCGGGAAAACGCAGCGAAGUUGACAGGCCGGAUGAGGUGGACUGCGGGGAUGCGCAUGGGCACAGACAAGACAACUAGCGACUUGACAGCUGACCAAGCUCAUUCUUCAUUCUCAUUAGCCGUCGGCAAGGCAAAGGCAAAGCCAGCCGCACUCAAGGCCGCUGCAGCCAAGAAGGCCGCUCUGCACGGUGUCUCUGGCAACAAGAUCCGCAAGGUCAGGACCUCCGUCACCUUCCACCGACCUAAGACCCUCCGCUUGGCUCGUAAGCCCAAGUACUUGAGGAAGAGCGUUCCUCACCUCCCUCGCAUGGAUGCGCACACCACUGUGCUCUUCCCUCUGAACACUGAGAGUGCUAUGAAGAAGAUCGAGGAGGAGAACACUCUCGUUGUCAUCUGCGACCGUCGCGCAAACAAGCGCCAGGUGAGUCACAAAACAAAAACUUGACUGAAGAUGCCGGGAAGAAUAGCGAACGGCCAGUAGCAGGUGAUUGGAAGGAGUCGAAGAGACUAAGGCAGUUGCUGGAUCUGCAUCCUGCUGGUUCGCAAGAGUGUGGUGGUGUGCGCUCAGCGAAUUGAAUGAACAUCGUGCUGACUGGCCUCCUCGCCCGCAACGGAAUAGAUCAAGGCAGCCGUCAAAAAGCUGUACGACUGCGACGCGCAAAAGGUUAACACCUUGAUCCGUCCGGAUGGAAAGAAGAAGGCGUUCAUCCGUUUGACCGCAGACCAGGACGCUCUCGACAUGGCCAGUCGCGUUGGUUUGCUCUAA